CCCGAAUGGCCCAAAAAAGCCACACCUCUGUCGGUUCGGAAAUGACGCAGAGUCACUUCUGGUAGUUCCCCGUUUUGGCUGCGAUCGGAACCAAGCACAUCGCUGGCGGCCGGUCCCGACCUGACCAGACGUGGCUCCCGGGGGUUUGCAUCACCUGACACCUGGCAGCCAAUCGUAACUUCAUGAGUGACUGGGAUUGCCACUUCUUCUGCUUCUUUCGUUGCUGCUGAGCCCAGAGGCUGCUGGGAUUCGUGGUUCCCACGUGGUAGCUCCUAGAAGGAUGUCUGUAGUGUCGGACGGCAACGAAGGUGACAUCUGCACCAACUCUGACGAGGAGGUGGAGGGUGAAGGUGGGGAGGAGGAUGAGGAAGAUGAGGAGCCGGGGGACAUACCAAACUACUAUGACGACGUGCAUGAUGACGUGGAGCUGCAGGACACCUACGACCCGGAGGAUUAUCAGUUCACCUGUCUUUCAUACUGGGAGAGUCAGAGGGUGCUGGCGCAGGAUGUGGCCAUCGUGGCUGGUGCCCUGAAGGUCACUCCUGCUGUUGCUAAGCUUGUCCUCGUUCAUUUCCGCUGGCAGGUGUCUGUGAUACUCGACAGGUACAAAUCCAGCUUCUUGCAGAUGCUGUGUGAAGCGCGAGUCCAGCCCAGUGCAGGCAGAUCUGUACCGUACUCCCAGUCUCCCCAGUGUGGCGUGUGUCUGCAGCUGGUCAGGAAGGACUUUCUGCUCGCUCUGUCGUGCCAGCACUCCUUCUGCAAAGCAUGCUGGGAACAGCACUGCACCGUGCUUGUCAAUGAAGGAACAGGAAUUGGUAUUUCAUGCAUGGCCCAGGACUGCUCCCUCCGCGUGCCCGAGGACCUUGUUUUCCCUCUUCUCUCCAGUGAGGACCUGAAGGACAGAUAUCGGCGCUACCUCUUCAGGGACCAUGUGGAGAGCCACGCCCAGCUGCAGCUCUGCCCUGGGCCUGACUGUCCCAUCGUCAUCCAGGUGCAGCAGCCCCGCGCAGGACGGGUGAAGUGCAGAGGCUGCAGCCAGGAAUUCUGCUUCAAGUGCCUGCAGAUGUACCACGCCCCCACUGACUGCGCAACCGUGGUCAGGUGGCUGACCAAGUGCGCAGAUGACUCAGAGACUGCCAACUACAUCAGCGCGCACACCAAAUAUUGUCCAAAAUGCAACAUCUGCAUUGAGAAGAAUGGAGGCUGCAAUCACAUGCAAUGCUCCAAGUGUAAACACGACUUCUGCUGGAUGUGCCUCGGUGACUGGAAGAGCCACGGCAGUGAGUAUUAUGAGUGCAGCCGCUACAAGGAGAACCCCGAGGUGACCAACCAGAGCCAGCAGGCCCAGGCCAGGGAGGCCCUCAAAAAGUACCUCUUCUACUUUGAGAGGUGGGAGAACCACAACAAAAGCCUCCAGCUGGAGGCACAGACAUACCAGCGGAUCCAGAGGAAGAUCCAGGACCGUGUGAUGAACAACCUGGGCACCUGGAUCGACUGGCAGUACAUGCAGAACGCAGCUAUGCUGCUGGCCAAGUGCCGCUACACGCUGCAGUACACAUACCCCUAUGCCUACUACAUGGAGCCUGGACCCCGCAAGAAACUGUUUGAAUACCAGCAGGCGCAGCUGGAAGCUGAGAUCGAGAACCUGUCGUGGAAGCUGGAGCGAGCCGACGGCUAUGAGCGAGCGGGAGCGGCAGGAGGAAUGAGUGCCACUGACCAAGGGGACCUGGAGAUCCAGAUGCACAUCGCAGAGCACCACAGACGUACGCUGCUCAAGGACUUCCAUGACACUUAAGACUAACCUUCCUGCACCUCAACAGCGACCCCAGCUGGAGUGAGGAGGCCAGUGCCUCGGAACGGCUGGCUAUCCCCGGUCUGCCUGCAGACCUCGCGCUUGUGCACAAACCCAAUGGGACAGAGAGGCUGCACAAAAAGGCUUCUUUACUCACCACGACACCAGUGCAACCUGCCCUCUGAAGACAAAGAUACUCGAUCAGGACACUAAACCAAUGCACUCUGUUUUUUUGUAUAUUUUCCCCAUUUUUCUGGCUGUUGCAUAUUUCGAUCAUUUGGAACAUUGGGGGGGGGGGGGGGUGGUAUAAAAAUGCUGUAUUUUCCAGCCGUUGUGUAUUAAUAGACUUCUUAAAGGGUUUUAAAUGAA